UGCUGCAUCGACAGCUUGUCCUAGUUGAGAUGUCUUCAACUAACCCGGUGCCCGCUGAGCGCAGAAAAUACAACUCUGGACCGCUGGUAGCCUCCGCACAUCAGAAUGACAAUAAAGCGCAUCUCCUUCUCGCCGCCUCAGGCUCCGUAGCGACCAUCAAAAUCCCAGCCAUCGUCGAUGCCCUAUCCUGCCACCAAAACCUUUCGAUCCGUUUGAUUUUCACGUCUUCCGCAGCCGCGUUCCUUGCCGGGCAAUCCGCAGAGCAACCCUCGCUAUCCGACCUCGUCUCCAUGCCGAACGUAGACGGAAUAUACUUGGACGAAGACGAGUGGGUGGAGCUAUGGACAAGAGGCGCGAGCAUUCUGCACAUUGAGCUUAGGCGAUGGGCGGAUAUUAUGGUCGUCGCGCCUCUGAGCGCAAACACGUUGGCGAAGAUGGUUGGCGGGAUAUGCGACAACCUACUCCUGUCCGCUAUACGAGCUUGGGAUACCACGGGUCUGCUUGAUCCUGUUCGCGAGGAGUUUGCUGCUGCUUGCGCUUCCGAUGCGGUUGAGGCUCGGAAGAAGAUUAUCAUGGUUGCACCGGCAAUGAACACGGCCAUGUGGCAUCAUCCAAUCACAAAGAAGCAGGUCGGGAUGCUCGAGGGCGAGUGGAAUGUCCGAAAUGGUGGCUGGGUAGAGGUAUUGAGGCCGAUUGAGAAGUCGCUCGCGUGCGGUGACAUUGGCGGUGGGGGUAUGAAGGAGUGGAGGGAUAUUGUGGGCAUCAUAGAAGGCAAAUUGGGCCUCAAGAGGUGAACGUCAGGCAUCCUGUUUGCGAAGCCACAGCAACUGGUUGCAAGAGGGUUGGUCUCCACCUGUUUAAGACAGUUGGAAGCAGUUCAAUGAUUGGGAGCGAGGCGAGAGAUGUGUAAGCUUCAGAUGUUUUUAUUUAGGAACUUAUCCUGCCCUGUUGAUAUGCCAGCGCUUGCUAAUGAUAGAUAAAGCAUAUUAGAGGUAGGUCAGUUUACCACGGUCAUACGGAGUAGGGGAGAUGUCGUUUAUAUGCCCGGGGCUAAAGGUAGUCAGUAGAAGU